AUGACGUCGAUGGUCUCUCAGUCCGCCCCUACAAUUCUGUGCACCGCCAAGCAGACGCGCUUUCACACGGAUUCUGGGAACUUUCGGGAGCUUGACAUUGCCGGCUUGCAGAUUGUCGCCACAUCCGGUCGUGAUAACCGCUCCUCUGCCGCGAGUUCCAAGUCGAAAGCUCGCUCAGAGGGCGUCGAGAUUUUGACCAAUGCCAGGCUGCUCCUGAAACAAGGCCAGCGAUAUGCACUCGUUGGCCGCAAUGGAACUGGAAAGUCUACCCUGCUCAAAGCCAUCGCUGAGAAAAUUAUUCCCGGUAUCCCUGAAGGUGCCAGAAUUGCUAUCCUCCAACAAAGCAUCUUGAUCGAAGAUGACGGCCAAGCCAAGGCCGCAAUGGCCUGUGAACAGGAACGCAAUGUUCUUCAAGAAGUCAUCGACAGAGCCACGGCCAGAGACACCGUUGAGGAGGAAAUCAAGGUUCUUUCCGAUGGUGUGGACGCAUUGGAUCCGUUCAGUCCUGUAAGGGCGUUGCGGUUGCUAAAACACGACCGAUUGCAGAAACGACUCUUCCACCUUCACAAGGAAGCCACGUUGAAGAGUGGCGCUCGCGGAAUGCAGGCCAGGAAGACUCUGGCCGCCUUUGAAAAGGUGGUCGCCGAGUCCAGCACCAUGAUCAACCAGCCAAGCGAUGACAUUGCCCCUGAAACUCUGCAGGCGGAAACACAGGAGGCUGCAGAUGAGCGCUGGUCCAAACCCAUAACCAGCAUGUCCGGAGGCUGGCAUAUGAGAGCAGCUUUAGCCACGGCUCUGCUACAGGAUUCCGAUAUUCUGCUUCUUGACGAGCCGACCAACUUCCUCGACUUUCUCGGUGUAGUGUGGUUGCAACGAUAUCUGCAGCGCCUUGCCGAGAGCGGCAAAUCACCCACCGUCAUCAUUGUGUCACACGACCGCGACUUUAUCUCUGCCUGCACUGACCUCAUCAUCUUGAAGGAAAGGGACCUCGCUUAUUUCCACGGCACCUUUGCCGGCAUACGAAGCCUCCCAAACUGA